GAUCAUUUUAACCCUAAAAUAUAUAAUAGUAUCGGAGUAAACGUUUUUAUUUUUUCUUUUAUCCAGUCAACCCAUUUAGACUUUGCCAUGUAAAUAUUGAGUAGAAGAAUCUUGGGAAAACCCUUGAUGAUACAGGGGAAAUAUUAUCAUAAUCGGGGAAAUAUAAUAUAACAUCGCACAGCAUACAAGUAAAUAGUAUCUAGCAAGCUUUCUCAAAGGUAAGAUACAGGUUUAAGUUGUUUGAUACUUCAAACCGUGAACAUGACAGAGGUGGCUUCUGGGACAAUCGAUAUUCAUGUGCAAUUACCCGCCACGAACACUGGCAAUGCUGGAAAUGAGGCUCAAUAUUCAGCGUAUGCAGCAGUUAAAAAGGGUCUUCAUUCAGUGAAAGUUGCAAAGUACGAUGCCACAAAGUUGGAACGUGAACUAGAGGGAGAGUUAUUUGAAAGAUGGCACGAAGGCUGUGAAGUUAUGAAAACAACCAAAAUACCCGAAAAAAAGAUCGUUCCGUUUCUCAACCACCUUCAGGAAAGUUAUGAAGGUAUCAAAAUUUUUAUUAAAACAUACAAAGAAAGAAGACUUCAAUGGGGGAAAAAGAUAAAGAUUUUCACCACCUGUGCUGGAAACUCAAGGCGAGGCUUUGUUAUCAAAGUCUGCUGGACUGUUAACAUUUCACUUACUGUCAAUCCUUUCUGGACACAUGAUACUGCAUGUCUCAGGCCCGUAGAAGGUUGGGGCCACUUUACAUGAAAACAUGAACCGAAA